UCACGUGCCCCGCCCCCUUGAUGAUGUCACUGUCCGCCAUGCUGUCCCGCUGUUUCUAUGCAGCCCGGGCUCCCGCUUGGGGCCGGAGUCUGACUCGGGCCCGGAGCGCCCUGGCCCAGCUCAACGCGCUGCUGGAGGCCGAGCUGGAGAGUAUCCGGGGGGCCGGUACCUGGAAAAACGAGAGAGUCAUCACCUCCAAACAGGGAGCGCACAUCAGCGUUCAGGGCAGCAGCGGAGCCAUUCUGAAUUUCUGUGCGAACAACUACCUGGGCCUGUCGAGUCACCCUGAGGUGAUACAGUCAGGAAUCGAAGCUUUGGAUCAGUAUGGAGCAGGGCUGAGCUCCGUCCGUUUCAUUUGUGGCACCCAGAAUCUGCACAAGAACUUAGAGGCCAAGCUCGCAAAGUUCCACCAGAGAGAGGAUGCCAUUCUGUAUGCCAGCUGUUUUGAUGCCAAUGCUGGGAUUUUUGAGGUCCUGUUAACCCCUGAAGAUGCCAUUCUCUCGGAUGAACUCAACCAUGCAUCGAUCAUUGAUGGAGUUCGGCUGUGCAAGGCCACCAAGUACCGCUUCAGACACCUGGACCUCAGUGACCUGGAGGCCAAGUUGAAGGAAACCCAGAAACACCGGAUGCGUCUGAUUGUUACCGAUGGCGUUUUCUCCAUGGAUGGUGAUGUGGCACCACUGAAAGAGAUUUGUGACCUGUCAGAGAAAUACAAUGCUCUGGUUUUCAUUGAUGAAUGCCACGCUACCGGAUUUAUAGGACCUAAUGGACGGGGCACGGAUGAGUUGCUGGGAGUGAUGGACCGAGUUCAUAUUGUAAACUCCACUCUCGGAAAGGCACUGGGUGGAGCAGCAGGUGGAUAUACCGCAGGACCUAAGGCUCUGAUUGCGCUACUGCGUCAGCGAUCCAGACCCUACCUCUUCUCCAAUACCCUGCCCCCUCCUGUGGUCGGUUGUGCCUCCAAAGCCCUCGACCUCCUGAUGGACAGUAACAUAAUCGCCCAAACUAUGACAUCAAAAACCAAAAGAUUCCGCAGUCAGAUGACGGCUGCAGGAUUCACCAUUGGCGGAAUGGACCAUCCCAUUUGUCCAGUGAUGCUGGGAGACGCCCGGCUAGCAUCAUCCAUCGCAGAGGACAUGUUGAAACGAGGAAUAUACGUGAUUGGCUUCAGCUACCCCGUGGUCCCCAAGGGCAAAGCGCGGAUCCGGGUGCAGAUUUCCGCUGCCCAUAGCGACGAGGAUAUUGACCGAUGUGUGGAAGCCUUUGUGGAGAUUGGGCGGAAACAUAAAGUAAUUUCCUGAAAGACACCUGAAGCCUUGCAGCCCAAAACGUUGGGAAACCAGCUCGUAUGUAACAUAAAGGAUGUCGGUGAUCGAGGGUUAACCAAAGAAAUAAACGUGCUGACCGUUAUUUUGCACAGUAAUGCUAAUUCAACUGAAGUUUGUGGGAUUUGGUUUAACUGUCACAGCCUGUUUUCUGAAGGAUGUCAGACUUGUAUGAAAACAAUAUUGCCUUAUCUUUGCUUUCAUAAAACCAAAAUAUUGCA